CCAAACACACGCACACCCCCACCACUAUACUUCUCUCUCUCUCUCUCUCUCUCUCUCUCUCUCCCUUUAUUAGGGCUUGGCCUUAUUCCCCAAAUCAUAAAUUGGAGUUUUCACAAACCAUUCACGGGAUAUAUAUAUAUAUACAUAUAUAUAUAUAUAUACAGUGAAGGAGAAUAAGAUUUAAGGAAUAAGCAGAGAGGAAGAGGAAGAGGAGGAGGAGGGGGAGGAGGGAGGAGUAACAAUGGCGAGGGUGGCGAAUGGGUUGAUAGGGGUGGUGAACUUCGUGACGUUCCUGGUGUCGAUCCCGAUCCUGGGCGGGGCGAUAUGGCUGAGCACCCGCGCGGCGACGACGGAGUGCCUACGCUUCCUGCAGUGGCCGCUCCUGGCCAUCGGCGUGGCGCUCAUGGUGGUGUCGCUCGCGGGCUUCGCGGGGGCCUGCUACCGCCUCACGUGGCUGCUCCGCCUCUACCUCUUCGCCAUGUUCCUCAUCGUCGCCGCCCUCGUGUUCUUCGUCAUCUUCGCCUUCGCCGUCACCGACCGCGGCCACGGCCAGGUCGUCCUCAACCGCGCCUUCCUCGAGUACCAGCUCUCCGACUACUCCGGAUGGCUCCGCGAUCGGGUUUCCGACCCCGGCUACUGGGCCCGCAUCAGCGCCUGCCUCCGCGACACCCACGCCUGCAAGCACAUGGCGCGCUACGUCCGCGACCCCAACACCGGCUUGCUCCUCCCCGAGUCCCAGGACAUGUUCUCCCAGAGGGAUCUCUCCCCGAUCGAGUCUGGGUGCUGCAAGCCACCAACAUCCUGCGGCUACACGUACGUGAAUGAGACAUUGUGGAAUGCGGGUGCAGGGAUGGUGGUGACGGACCCCGAUUGCGUGCGGUGGAGCAACGAUCAGCAGGUUCUUUGCUUCCAGUGCGACUCGUGCAGGGCCGGGGUCCUUGCCACCAUCCGCCACAGCUGGCGCAAGGUCUCUGUUAUCAACAUCGUUGUGCUCAUCAUCAUUGUCAUCUUCUAUGUUGUUGGGUGCGCCGCCUAUCGAAAUGCUAAGAUGGUUGAGAACGACGAGUCGUUCGGGAUGGCCCGGAUGACUAAGGCUCAGCCCAGCAGGUUCCAGUUCUAGGCAAGCUUGGAUAUCUAUGGUGAGUUUUGAUGUUUGUAUAAAAGGAUCGUAGUAGUCAAUGCUGAAGAGGAUUGAUGAGCAUUCAGUGUUCGAAGUACUUUCCAGGAGGAGUGGUUAAAUCAGCGCUCAAAUGGUUUGUUUUACUUUUUCUUUUCUUUUCCAUUUUUCUUUUCCCUUUUUCCCCUGUUGCAGUUUUAGUUUGGUUUAUUUGUUAACAUUUCGGUAGAAUCAAAGUCACAGGAAACAAGAGAACGAUGGACUGUUGUAACAUUUUGUUUUUAUCUUUUUCUACUUUAUGAUCUUUCUGUUGUUGAUGACUUAUUGCUCAAAUUUAAGUAUGUAUUAUAUUUUCAAGAAGCAUGAAAUUUUAAGAUUUUCCUUUUUCCAUUA